UAAGUUGCGGACAGAACAAGAUCUUUGGGUAAACUGUGGCUGCUGUGUAAUUUUUGGUUGCACAAUUAAAGGACAUGUCGGGACUGUCCGAAAAGGAGACAGAGGGCUGUAAAGCGAUACUAAACUCUCUGUCGAAGGUGGAGUUGUUUGCUCUGAAAGAUACCGUGACAAAUAGGAUGAUUACAGUCGAGAGUGUGAAAGAAGCAGUGCAGGCCAUCAUAAGUUACAGCCAAUGUGCAGAGGAAUUGUUGAAACGCAAGAAGGUGCACAAAGAGAUAAUUUUCACAUACCUGGCUGACCAAGGAGUCGUCAUUCCUCCAAAUGCAGAAAAGCACGUGCUUGUUAAGAAGGCACUGGAGCACUGGAAGACCCCGAAGCCCAUCGUGGAGGUGAGAAAACCAGUGGCAGAAGUUGAAACAGAUAAUGAAGUACACAGAGAGAGAGGGAACGCCAAGAGCUGCGAUUACCAGGUUUUAGGGGAGGAGUUUUGCAAGUGGUUCUAUCGGAUCCUCAACUCCCAGAAUCCUUCACUGGAGCUGGUGCCACAAGAGUGGGGCCCCCAGCACUUCUGGGAGGACGCCAAACUCAAGUUCUGCUACAGCACCUCAGAGCAGCAGUCUGAGGAGUACCAGGGGGCAGAGCUGGUCAGCCUGCGCCUUCUUGCACUUGUAAGAGACGAGCUGCUCUUCUUUAACCCCAACCUGGAUGCAAACGGGCUGAAAUGUGUGUCUUCUCCCCACGGACUGGUUAUGGUGGCGGUAGCUGGAACCAUUCACAGGAACACUGCCUGUUUGGGCAUUUUUGAACAAGUCUUUGGUCUUAUCCGUGCUGCUAUUGGAAACAGCAGCUGGAAAAUAAAGUCUGUGAACUUAAAUAUCACAGGGCAAAAUGUUGUGGAAGAUGGGGAGGCUGAGCACCAGCCACUGCCUACAUUAACAUACCAGUCCAGCGAACUACAGGGCUUCUACGGAUGACCAUGUCCACAGUCCCCCCCAAGAGUGGCUGCCAAAAUAUGUCGGCCAUAUAUUGCAAGAUAGGGGGAAAGUAAAUGUUAUAUACUGUUCAUGCAGGCUUUGUUUAAAGGCAUUACUCAUUUAUGUUGCAGAGUAGAAUUUAUGAAAUAAAACUUGCAUGCGUUUUGGAAGUUUCACUGAGAUCAGGUUUUUUGUUAUCCAGUAUUUUGUCACUGCCGUGACUGAGGAACUCCAGCAUGUUGCUGUCAGCAAUAACUGUGGUUGCUGUUAAACACAUGGAAAUUAUCAGUUUUAAUGUGGUCAGGCUGGGUUGAUCUAGAAACAUGAUCUUUCCCUGGUAAGUUUGUUUUUUCACAAUUCACUUAUAGCUUUAAACACUGGAAAACAUUUUUUUUUUGUCUCCCAUCCAAACCCAGUGAGGCUCCUGGAGAGAUCAUCCGCAACUUCCAGACCACUAUGUGACAACCAGGGGGAUUCUGGUGACCACAAAAGACCCUCAUAGACACUUACCAACCAGCCUCUUAAUUCAUUUUUCUUAAAGUCUAUUUUAACCUGGUGGGAUAAAACUAAAAGGUAAUGACUUGACCCCUGAUUGAAGAUGAUCAUAAUAGUAGUUUCCAAUAGUAAAGUAUUUCCUGCUAAAAACAAAACAAAUCAGUCUAGUCACACCAUUCUGUAUUAAUCAAGCUGGUUAAUAUGUUGAGCCAAGCGAAGUAAACACAUUUUUCGGCUAGUCAGUGUCUUCAUGAGCCAAUACCUAAUUUUAUGAUUGAGUGGUUGAAGCAGUGGCGUAUAUAAUCUCUACUUUCUCUGGAAGCAGUAGUUUGGUGAAAGAUGGCUUGCAUUUAUUAACAUUUUUAUUGUAUUCAACAGCAAAGAAUGGUAAGUUGAGUGAAGAACUGUCCGUAAACCUGCAUUGUAGCAAAGGAGCAGAAGGGUGUGUGGACAAAGGGGACGAAUACUUGGCACGUCCGCUCACAUUUUCAACCUGAAUUUGUGUGGGCAUCUCAAAGAUGCCUUCUGUACAGUAGAGAGGACGAUACAGGUCCAUUAUCUGGGCUUCCAUGGUUUCUAGUAUUUGCAAAAUGAUUUUGCAGGUGAGGCUUUCCUUGUCAGGAGAACAAUUGUACUGUUAAACACAUCCAAUGAUCAGCAGCUAAGAAUAGAAAGAGGUACUUUUAUCAGAAAGAGGAAGGUGAGGUCUUGGAGAAUGAAAGCUUUUCCAGGAAUCGUGAGUGUCAGCCCACACCAUCAAGAGUAGGGUCUUUAUUUUCCUUCAAAGUAUACAUGCCACUACAUGUCUGCCAAGUUCUGUUCAAUUCAGACAAGGUUAAAAAUAAGGCUUUUUGGACUUGCAAAUCUUAAGGUAGGAUUCCGCAUCGGCAUGAUAGCAGUAAGAGGCCAGGUGCAUUCCUUAAACAUCUGGUAAGGAACAGUAAAGCAGUACUCAGUGCAGGGGGGGAUUCUAAGACAGAGUCGUCUACUUUGGUUACUAAUGGUUUUGCCAAACUGGUCUGUAAUCUUCAGUUAUUACAACCUUUUUUAAAAAAAUAACAAUGUGAUUUAUUGUUUAACAUUUUUACUUAAAAAAAUCCUUUCACAUGUUUUUGUUAGUUAUAAGUACAGUAAAAGUAUUGCAUUCAAAUGUUGGAAGGGAGUCAUAUGACCAAUAACUGAAGUCAAGCGCACCACUGAGGUGUGAGUUAUGAUUUUGCUUUACAGUGUGACUUUUAAAUACACGCAUUUAAUG